CCUGUUGCAUUGGAUCAUAUGCUCUCUAUGCUUGAAUCCGAAGAAGAUGAACCCACCCAAGAUUUAUCAUCCCUAAGCACCUCUCUACAGCAAGGGCUCUCAUUGGAAUCUUUAUCGGAGGAUGUUAUAAGGCCUUUGCUGGAAGCAUCUGACGAUGAGAGUGGCCAUGGGGAUUUCGACAAGGAGGUUGGGAUAGUCGAGCUGGUUAGGUGCGGGGGAGAUGAGUUACUGGCGCGGUCUAAUGGGUUGUGGGAGCUUGAAGAUGAAGCCAUUAAUUAUUAAAGGGAAUGCAAAUCAAGACAUUCCUCAAAUUGAGAAUCUUGUAUUGUGUAUUCAUUACAAUAAAAUAGAUAUUUUGCG